AUGGGAGCAGCAGCAAGUACACCCUCUGCACCUCCUGCAGAGCAACCUGCAGCAACAUGUCCAGUUGAUCAUAAGACCCGCGAGGUCUGGCUGCAACAGAAUGGCAAGGCGCCUCACCCUCCGAACUCCGAUGCACCCGAUCAGCCAUCUGCGAAGUCGCAACGCCCAUUAUCAACGGAUCGCGAAGUGAGCACUAUCCCUCGAGCCGGUGAUUUUAGCUCAGGGAGUGCCUGCCCUGAAGCCAACAAGGGCGGCCAAUCCCCAUACGCCGCAUCGCAUGGCACCCCGUCCAACGCCGAAUCCGAAACUGGCCGCGACGAAGCCAGCGGAAACUGGAUAUAUCCCUCAGAAAAGCAAUUCUUCGAGGCUCUCAUGCGCAAGGGUAACACGCCCGGCUCUACCGAAACCGCCACCGAACUCGCGACAUCAGUGGCCUCCAUCAUCCCGAUCCACAACGCCGUCAAUGAGCGCGCAUGGGAUCAAAUCCUCGACUGGGAGAAGAAGGGUCCUUCUUCAGAUCCCGGAAGCAAGAAAUGUGGAGGUCCCAAACUAUACUCCUUCCGCGGGCUCGGUGUCGAUCCACAAUACCUGAGUCCUCGUGCGCGAAUCAAUGGAUGGCUCGGCUACCAGCACCCAUUCGAUCGACAUGACUGGGUUGUAGAGCGCUGUGGAGGCGAGAGAGUUGAAUAUGUUAUUGAUUUCUAUCAAGGAAAGCCAUCAGGCAAUGGCACCUCCGGCCUGGCCGCUACUGCUGGCACUGGAAAACUCAGCUUCUUCCUCGACGUGAGGCCCAAGCUGAACUCUUAUGAGGGCUGGAGACUGAGAUUCAACCGAUUUACGGGCCUGUGA